UUGAUUUGUUUUGUGCGUGUUUUCAAAUGGAAGAUGUUAAAGCGAGGGGAUUCGUUGAAGAAGAAGAAGAAGAAAUGGGAUUGAUUAGAGGUCCAUGGACUGUUGAAGAAGACUUUCAGCUCAUCAAUUACAUUUCUGUUCAUGGCGAAGGUCGCUGGAACUCCCUUGCUCGUUGCGCUGGUCUGAAGAGAACUGGAAAAAGUUGCAGGCUGAGAUGGUUGAAUUAUCUACGCCCAGAUAUUAGACGCGGGAACAUCACUCUCGAAGAACAGCUCUUGAUUCUGGAGCUUCACUCUCGCUGGGGAAAUCGGUGGUCGAAAAUCGCCCAACAUUUGCCGGGAAGAACCGACAAUGAGAUCAAGAACUACUGGAGAACACGUGUCCAGAAACACGCUAAACAGCUCAAGUGCGAUGUCAACAGCAAGCAAUUCAAGGACACCAUGCGUUAUUUGUGGAUGCCUAGGUUAGUCGAAAGGAUUCAAGCCGCCUCCUCCGCCCCCGCAGCCAAAACCGACAACCGCAAGGCUGAGAAUUCGAGCACCGCCACAGCGGCGGCGUCGGACUCUAUCGAGGCCCAAGUUUCGGGCUUAACUAAUUGCACUUACAGCGACGGCUUCCAUUUUGAUGACAGCCCUAAUCCGGAUUAUGGUAUCCAGGCCGGCGGCCAAGUUGAUUACUUCGACCACCGUGGAGGUGGCGGCGCGGAUUUUCAGACCAGCAGUUAUCAGCACCUGUUGAAUGGCUGUGAUCUCUCCGACAAUUUGUUGAAUGCUGAGGAUUUUUUGUUCUUACAGCAACAGUUCAACUUCAACAUGUGAAAAUGUGUCUAAUCGGUUUGGGGUGAAAUUCAAUUGUACAGAAGAAAGAUAAGAGAGAGUGACAAUCAGAGACAUUUAGAAGAAAAAAAU